GUGUCCUGCUGACCCCGGAAGUGCUGGUUGACCCACGUGGUUAGACGGGGCGGAGGGACAGAUGAGACUGGGCACCGGGCUCCGAUUUGUCGUGUCCGCCGGAGUCAGUGGAUGUCAGCCCUCUGCUCGGAGAGACAUGGCGUGCAGGGUGCUCAGCUUGCCAGGGAGCGGGGGAGGCGGGUGCAGGAACGGACCAAGCAAAGACCUGAAGAGUUGGAAGGAGAUCUUGAAUACAUCUGUUGGCAUUCUGCAACAAGGUGGAGUGAUUGCCCUGCCAACUGACACAAUUUACGGCAUUACCUGUCUAGCCCAGAACUCCCAGUCUAUUGACAACAUCUACAACGUGAAGGGACGUAAUGGGACCAAACCACUGGCCAUCUGUGUGGGGAACAUUGCGGAUAUUUAUAGGUACUGCCAGGUGAAUGUUCCAGACCAGUUACUUCAUGAUCUUUUACCGGGACCAGUUACCUUAGUGAUGGAACGAUCAGAUGGACUUAAUAAGGAGCUUAACCCUUUCACUUCUCUAGUGGGCGUCCGCAUUCCUGACCAUGCAUUCAUCAGACAGUUGGCACAAUUGUGUGCUGAACCCCUAGCACUGACCAGUGCCAACAUCAGUACCCAGUCGAGCACAUUAACAAUAGAGGAAUUCAAAGACCUGUGGCCAACGCUGUCUCUGGUAGUGGAUGGAGGUCCUAUUGGAGAUGUAGCUAACCCUGAAUGCAGAUUGGGGUCUACAGUGGUUGAUCUUUCUGUACCUGGAAAGUUUACUGUAUUACGACCUGGAUGUGCUCUGGCCUCUACCUUGGAAAUCCUUAAAAACACAUAUGGCUUAUUACCCAUUUCGUGACAUUUUCGUAAUGCUGCUCAAAUUGGUUUGGAUUUUGGACACCCUCCUUCGAGACCAGAAAUAUGUACAGACUUCUGAGGAUGCAUACCUGGCCGUCAAGUAGUUUGAAUAUCCAAAAUGCAUUUUUGGGGGGAACUUAAUUUGUACAAACGGUGAAUUUUCCUUGCUUUAAUUUUAUGUUUUUUAAUUUUGUUGGAAAGGGGAAAAAAUGUUUUUUCUUUUUGUGCAAAACUUUUAGGAGAAAAAAAAAAGAAGAAACCUAUUCCCCCAACCCCCCUUUUUAUUUCUAUUU